UUAUUUUAUUUUCUUUUUAUUUUUGUUCUCGUUCCAUAACAACAAAAUUACAUAUGCACAUGAAAUUGUCAAAUUGUAAAUGCUAUGCUAACAUAACUCAUCAUGCCAUAAUUCAAAUUCGAAUUCAUCAUGCCGCGCAAUACAUUACAACAAUAAAUCUAAAUCAUUAGAUAUAAAAAUUGGAUAUCAAGCUUCAAUGAUGAUCGGUAGCUCAGACAGCUUAAAUGAACGUUUUCCAUGCGCUGUGUGCGGAAAAAGUUAUUUACGCAAACGUCAUCUACAGCGUCAUAUGCGAGAUGAAUGUAUCGGUAUACCGCCACGCUUCAGUUGCGACCUCUGUCCAUCACGUUUCCGGCGCAAAUAUCAUAUGGUACGACAUUUAACAUCCAAACAUAAUAUACCACAAGCAGUAGCUCAACAAACCAGCGGCAGUGUACGCUCUAACAAUGCUCGUCCAAAAGUAGAGUCUUGCGAUAGUCCACCUUGUCCAGAAAAUCUCUCUUUGAAGAGGGAAGCAAUUGAAAAUGAAAAUAUGCUCAAUUCAAAGCGUGUAUCACCGAUUCCACAAGUUAUUCCAAUGCCCACGUAUGGUUUGACUGGUGCCAUAACGGCAAUUUCAGGAGUGUCUGCUGUUGGAGAAGACAGCCCAAUAAUUGGGAUUGAAAAUAUCGGUGUAAAUGAUGAUAAUGGACAAAAUAUUAUCGGUAGUGGCGGUGGCGGUGGCGGUGGCAGUGGCAGUGGCAGUAGCGAAGAAGGUAACACUGAUACGAUCACUAUUAAAACCGAACCGUUGACACCAUCAAAAAACCAAAUGAAUAUGAUGGAAGAGGAUUGGAAAAUGAAACUUAGUAUGCAACUCCUUUCAAAUUCAUUACUGAAAGAACGACUAAUGAAUGCGAUACCUUUUGCGUACAGUAAUAACAAUUGAAUUGGAAGAAAAUUUACUACUACUACUACUACUCGUCUAGAGCUUCUACUGUUGCUAGUAUAAUUCGUAAUACAACACAAACUAUUCUUCAAGAACUAAACCAACUUCCUCAGAAUCUAAAUCCAAUUGGUGGCAGAUAUUGAAUAUAUAAUAACACAGCAAGAAAGAGCUGUCCAACGAGUUCAUCUACAACAACCUCUUCGCAAACACC